CCUUCCCACAAUUCAACUUCCGUUCAUGCGCAGUUUCCGAAUCGCGUGUGUAAAGUCGCCAUAAUGUCGAAACAGAUGCAUAGUGAAGAGUCACAGCCCAGGACCCUAUAUGUAGGCAACCUGGACAGCUCAGUUUCAGAAGCCCUUAUUAUGGCCCUAUUUGGACAGAUUGGACCCUGCAAAAGCUGUAAAAUUAUCAGCGAGCCUGGAAACGACCCUUAUGCGUUCGUAGAAUUCUACGAGCACAGCGCAGCUGCGUCAGCCUUAGCGGCAAUGAACAAGCGGAACUGUAUGGGACGAGAGAUGAAAGUUAACUGGGCAACUUCUCCAAGUAGCCAGCCCAAGCAGGACACAAGCAAGUGGUUAAGAUCAACGUAUGAACACUUUCACAUAUUUGUCGGGGAUCUGAGUCCAGAUAUUGAGGGCCACCAGUUACGUGAAGCUUUCAAAGUAUUUGGAGAAAUCUCAGAUUGCAAGAUCAUCAGAGACCCACAAACUAUGAAAUCCAAAGGCUAUGGCUUCGUCUCAUUCGUAAACAAAGUGGAUGCAGAAAACGCAAUCGCCAAUAUGAACGGGCAGUGGUUAGGUUCCCGGCCAAUCAGAACCAACUGGGCUACACGAAAACCUCCUGCCCCAAGUCAGAAAGAAAACAGAUGGUCGUCAGAUGUAAAACCGCUCUCUUAUGAUGAAGUGUUCAGCCAGUCCAGCGCCACAAACUGUACAGUGUAUUGUGGAGGAAUUUCAAAUGGACUCACAGAGGAAUUGAUGAAGAAGACAUUCAGUCCAUAUGGGGCUAUACAAGAGAUCAGGGUGUUUAAAGAUAAAGGUUAUGCUUUUGUAAGAUUUGCUUCAAAAGAAAACGCAACAACUGCAAUUGUAUCUGUACAUGGGUCAACAGUGAACGACCAACAGGUGAAGUGCUCCUGGGGUAAAGAAUCGAAUGACCCCAGUCAGACAACACAGCAAUUGGUAAAUCAGCAGCAGCAACAACAGCCUUACCAGGCGACAUCGCCCAACACGUACGGUCAGUACUUCAACAUGGGCUACUACAACUACCCCGGCAACAGCGCCUACCAGAGCGUGGGCCAGGCAGGCUAUAUUCAGGCAGCCAGCAUGAGUCAAUGGCCCCAGUAUAACUAUCAGUUUGCAGGCGGCAAUAUGCAGAUGCAACAGCAGUGGGGUCAAGUGCCAAUGCAGCCAGGACAACAGCAGUUCAACGGGCAGCAACAGCAGGGUGUGGUCGGCUACCCUAUGCAGUUACCAGCAAGCACAGUAACCUUCAUAUAGGAUAGGUCAACACCCAGUAGUGCACUCCUUGUCCACGAAACAAGUGACCGGAAACUGACCGCCGACUAUCACCAGCCGUCUGUAUGUCCAUCUGUUCCUGAGUCUAAAGAUGGAGACGAGUCAGAUGGACAGACGGAUGGACGCAGCUUCGAUGGGGAUCCAGCGAAACUAAGAGACGGCGUCUUUACAUGCGUUGUACAUAGUCCAAAUAGGUAGCUUAGUUAGUGGUUGAAACAUCCAGGUGUUUGUAUGUCUGUGGUAAAGUCCAUGUGUACAUGUACGUACUAAAAAAAAAUUGUUUUGUUUUUUGUCCAUGAGGUAGAAAAUUUGAUUUUUUUUCCAAGUAUUUCUUGUGUAAAGUGUAAGUCUAUACGGAAGUUGGUAAAGUCACAGCGAGAUAUCUUCUAUCCCUGUCAGUUAUGACCCUGUACAGUGUUGUAUGAUUGACAAAUGCUCAUUAAUAUUUAUUGGUGAAAAACCAACCUCUGUGAUCAUGUGGUGCGAGAAAGGUCAGAAUGACCUUUGAUCUAUUUUGUACGUUAGCUCGCAGAGCCCGUAGCAAACCAUUGGUUGGACGGAUGUCAACCUUCCAUUUUACUACCUUGUACCAAAUAGCCAAUAUGGCUGCUACUGUCCUGCUACCCAUGGUGCACAUUUUGGUUCAGAAUACUGUGAUUGACGUAAUUAGCGUCCUGGGUAUUUAAGCAACUCAGAGCCUAGUGGGUGGCUAUUUAGAUAGUUUCAAGGAUGGCAGAGAUCAAUUAUCAUUACUUAUACAUCAUAGUUCACUCAAUACGGGAAAACAAAGGUUUUGACUUCAUCCUCAACAAAGUAAACUUGACACUUCAUCUAAAAUACUUUUAAUUGGAAAUUUCCAUUUGUCAAGUUGUUCAGAUACUGAAAAUAUGUGACUAGGGCAAGAGCAGAGAUUGAGGGGAAGGGAUUCAGAUGUCUAGUUUCCAGUGUUGGAGGGGAAGGGGUUCGGAUGUCCAGUUUCCAGUGUUGGAGGAGAGGGGUUCUGAUGUCUAGUUUCCAGUGUUGGAAGGGAAGGGGUUCUGAUGUCCAGUUUCCAGUGUUGGAAGGGAAGGGAUUCUGAUGUCAAGUUUCCAGUGUUGGAGGAGAGGGGUUCUGAUGUCCAGUUUCCAGUGUUGGAGGAGAGGGGUUCGGAUGUCCAGUUUCCAGUGUUGGAGGAGAGGGGUUCUGAUGUCUAGUUUCCAGUGUUGGAGGAGGGGGGUUCUGAUGUCUAGUUUCCAGUGUUGGAAGAGAGGGGUUCUGAUGUCCAGUUUCCAGUGUUGGGAGGGAAGGGGUUCUGAUGUCUAGUUUCCAGUGUUGGAGGAGAGGGGUUCUGAUGUCCAGUUUCCAGUGUUGGAGGAGAGGGGUUCUGAUGUCAAGUUUCCAGUGUUGGAGGAGAAGGGGUUCGGAUGUCCAGUUUCCAGUGUUGGAGGAGAGGGGUUCUGAUGUCUAGUUUCCAGUGUUGGAGGAGGGGGGUUCUGAUGUCUAGUUUCCAGUGUUGGAAGAGAGGGGUUCUGAUGUCUAGUUUCCAGUGUUGGAAGGGAAGGGGUUCUGAUGUCCAGUUUCCAGUGUUGGAGGAGAGGGGUUCGGAUGUCCAAUUUCCAGUGUUGGAGGAGAGGGGUUCUGAUGUCUAGUUUCCAGUGUUGGAAGGGAAGGGGUUCUGAUGUCCAGUUUCCAGUGUUGGAGGAGAGGGGUUCUGAUGGCCAAUUUCCAGUGUUGGAGGAGAGGGGUUCUGAUGUCUAGUUUCCAGUGGUGGAGGGGAGAGGUAUUCGUGGCAGUUAGGGGAGGGCGUUAAUCACGUCAAUUACGGUAAUUCCUCUUUCCUUGCUUAAACAUGAUAAAUCAGUUUUGUUUUGUUUUGUUGGUAAACCCAGUUACUCUUCAUAAGAGUCCACACCAUCUAGACGUGACGGUAUGAUAGGUUUUGUUACCAACAAUUUAUGAUGAUUAUUAUUAUUAUUGCUAUUAUUCUAUUCACUGUUGACUCAUUUGUAAAACUUCAUUAUUUCAUCUUAAAGGUCUGUAUUGACAUCAACACGAAAGAGAGCCAAUUCUCUAUAUUUUGAUAUGAUGUAUAAUUUAACAGUAAAAUUGAUGAGAGUACCACGCUGUACCAUGUAUCUAGCAAUGUACAUAGUAUUCAUAUUGUUUGUUUUUACCAAGCUAGGUUGGUCAUGCUCACUAAGUAGAGAAAAUAUCAGCAAUUAACGGUGACAUGCCCUACAAUAGAAAGUAAAUCACUACACCACCGACCAACCAUCAACAGACGGGGUUUCUGUACAAAGAUGUUGAAAAUAUAUAUUAUUAAUAUCAUUAUUAGGAUUGUUGAAUAUUGUUUGAUUGAAGGCAUAUAUGAAAGUGACAACGUGAGGUUGAGAUUCUGUGUAUAAUGUUGUUGCAUGUGAAAUAAAUAUUAGUCCAUUGUAGAAAAGUCAAUGAUUUUAAUGUUCAUGUUGUCUGUGGGUGAAAGGAUACUGUAAAUACAACUCAGCUUUUGUCUACGAAAUGUCUCCCAAUGUGCGACGUAUAUAUAUAUAUACACUCUACUAUUGGUUGGCGUGGUAUUAAGGGGUCUCGCAAUUCGCUUAUAAACCUACAUGUCUGCCUUGUUUUAGCAAGUUGGUUUCUGUGCCAAAUUUCAGCUCUGUACAAAUUGCAGGUUUUAUUUGCCGCAGCUUUUCGUAAGUUGAGACUUUUGUAAGUGUCCGUGGAUGCUUGUAGAGGGCGGUAUUUGUCUUGGGUCAUGUGUCAUCGCUGGGGGCUAUCCAUCACACCUAUCACCACAAUGUAAAUAUCUUACUAUCUAACUCGGUCAAACUCGUACACAUGCAUGCAUCAUUCUUAUCCAGAAUAGUCAAAGAAUGGUCCGAUUUAUUUUCCGUUUUCCUAAAUCAGGCAGACGACAAUCCCCGUCUUUUUUCUUUUUGAAAAUUUUGGGGGGGGCAUGUGUUAAUGAUAGAAAGUUUUUAAUCUCUGCAUUUGAUUGGUCAUUAACUAGAUUCCCAUAAUGCAAUAUUUUAGAAUGUGUUUUACUGUUUUAAGAUCAAUGUGGUACGAUAGACCAGCUGACACUGCGAUACUUUUAUAGGUCAUCGACAGUAGUCGUGGGUAAGAAUUUUCCAAAUAAGUGUACAAGUUUUUCGCGAUUCCUCAUGUGGCUACCCAUCAUUCCUGUUUCCUGCUUAGCAGAGUUUAACACUCAGAAGUUUCCCAAACAUUGAUGCAGUGAAUGCACAUUAUGAUAUUAUCCUAGAACCCUUUGUUUCCUCUGUUAUGGCUUUGUGGUGCAACUGUAUGCAUCAAUGCAACCUGGUGUUAUCCUAACCAUUUGUAAGUAUUGUAUUAUCACAAGCAAACACGUGACAUUGUACAGUUUUAUAUGUGACAUUAAUACCUUCAUAAAUACAUAUGCUUAGUUUUCAGGAGAGUACCAGCAAAUCGUGUAAAACACUCCGCGUCGGAGUGACGAUCUCAGCGAACUUUAUCUAUUUGAAUUUUUGAAUUCCACACUACUGUUGUUUGUAUAAAAGUAUAAAAGUCAUAAUUUUCGACGUUGUUGACCGACCAUUGGUUGUUGAUGGUUGUAACAACAACUAUUUUGUGACGCCUAUAUUCCUUCGGCCUCUGAACCGAGAAUACCUUCUUUUCUAAGCAGAUAUUGACUCAACAGAUAAGGUUAAAUGGUUGUCCAACAUACUGCCCUGCUGUUGUCAUUAUAAAGCUCAGGUAGUUUUGGGAUAGUACAAAUAUAAUGUCCUGCGAAAUUUUCGUUUUCUACGCAUCAUUUGGUUUUUGGAUGUCAGUAUGGACUGGCAGUAAUGGCCAAUCAUGUUUGAGGGAGGAAGGAGAUGAGACACCUCUAAGGUUGAUGGGGAAACGCUUCAUGCAAGAUUGUUAUGCCCAUUGAAAUACAGAAAGGGAAUUAAGAUCAAUUUUUAAUUAUUUUUUUUUAAAGUUUAUAUCAGGGAUGUAAAUAAAGUAAGACCCCAGGAUUAAGUGUUCUUUAUAUUUUCCUGGCUCUUUAGGCUUUUUUACAAAUUUGAGAAAGCACUACCCACCAAGAAUUGCUGUUGAUUUUUUUUAAAGUAUUAAAUCUGCAUAUCAUGUUAUUGAGAGAUGAUUCGUUAAGGUCAGUGUUUGAAAUUAAAACAACCCAGCAAUUUUUGUAAUGUGUUUAUGACAAGCUUUGCUUCCACGUUAUAACCCUCUCAGGAGAUGUGAUGGUGAGAGAAUUGUGUAAUGGGUUCAAUAGCCAACGCAGUCCCACACACUCUAGUAUUUACUGUUGUUGUGAGGUUGAGAGUAAACAAAUCAUUAUUUUAACAAAUUAAGCAUUAUGUCCUUUCGUUAAUAUUUCAUAUGUAGGUAUGAUAAGCACUGAUCGUCAUGAGUCCUCAACAGAAAAUAGUCCCAAUACAGUCACCACCAUUUUGUAUACAGUGUAUUGUUUCAUAACAUUGAUACUAUUCAUAUGAAAUAUCACUUUUCCUAUUUAUUACACUUCACGUUUUGAUCAGGCGUAUGCUGUACAUAUCAGAGACAAAAUGUUUAGCUUAAUAUCGAUAUACUUUAUUUAUGAAAUUUAUCUACAUAUUUACCCCAUAGGCAAUGUCAAAGUUUAUUUUAUAGAUCUUUUUUUAUGUGAGUUUUCUAGCGUAUACUUUUAUUGUUUCGAUCAUUUUAUAAUCAUAAUAUUAUCAGUAAGUUGAUUAUUAUCUUUGAACAGACACAAGUCCAUUUAUGGCUAAGAAUUGCAUUUUGUACUUGAUUGAUUAAUUGCCUAUGAAGUGAAUAUGUAUGUUUGCUUGACAUGAUUUGAAAUUCUCUAUGUAGAUGCAUACACGCUGAAGAUAUUGCCAUCCCUGCAAGGUUCUAGUCAGUUUGUUUAUUUUUAUGUGCAUAUGUACUAUUCUUUUGCACAGCAUAUAACUGAUAUACAUUCCAAGACAUCCUUUGAUCUGACACAUCCUUAGUGUAUUCAAAUGUAUUUACAUGGUUCAGUAAUGUUCCUUUGAGAUCAGUACUUAGGUCCGUUCUACAUUUUACAUCCAUUUUAUGGAUAACUAAUGAAAUAAUUCGUCUCACGACAUGUAAGUAUUUUGUUUAAAGUAAUAUUUUUGCAACGAAUAAAAGUGAUUGUUGAUGUAGUAUAGCCUAAGGUCCUACCAUGAACUUCAUCAGAGGUUUGAAUACAAUAAGGAAUAGUUGGCUGCAAAUUUCCUUGAAAAUGUUUCUUUCGUGGUUGACCGAUACAAACUGACAUCAAUGUUUUUGACAUGUGAUACAACUACUAACAGUUUCUUAUCGUAAAUUCGAAUACCAGACCCAGUUUCAUGAUCGCCUUGUAUGUCGGUUUGUAUCCUGUCAAAUCCUGUUCAUUCUGACUGUUUCCACUUCAAAUUGGUUCAAACCAGCCCAAACCAGUCUGAAUCUUGCCAUAUCAAGUCCAAUGUUCUGGUUAAACCACCAAUUAGAGUUUGGUUCAGUCAAAGUCAGUUUCAGUUCAGAGCCUUAUUUCGUGGGGAGAUUUGACGGAUUCAGCCCGAUUUGAACACAGGAAGUUUGCUGCCAAUCUAAAUUGAAGUUGGGAUUAUUUUCUGUGAAUGACCUAACCUGUUCAUUCCUAUGUAACAUGCUGCUGCCUCCUGACUGUGAGAGGAGACAGCCCUUCAUUCUUUCAGCAUCUGCUGCUAUUUCUGCUGCUAUUGUAGAUAAGUAUAUAUACAUAUAUAAAUAUCAUGUAGGUAUUAGGUGGAACCCAUGGAGACUGUCUAACAAGUCAUAGGAACGCGGAUAGGUACUACUGCAAACUGGCUUGUCUAUGGUAUCUGGUCUGUUGCCCAGGUGAUGUGAACUAGGGUUCUUUUGGAGAUUCCGAAAAUGCCAUGAAUCUUGAUGGACCAUCUGUUGUUUACUCAGUUCAUUUUGUAUGCAUGUUUCAUAAUUCAUCUGUAUACACUGUUUGAUCCAGCAUGAAUUUGUAUUAUGUGGGGGGAAAAAGAUCUGUGGAUUUUCACGACCAACUAUCUAAUCUUUAGAUGUAGAUGUUAAUGUACUUGGUCAAAAUGGAUUCCACCUGGGACCCUGCCACAAGACAAGCCAGCCUCAGUUACCUCCCCUGUGUUACUGUGGUGUGUAGAUGGAGCCAUUGUCUGUCACUCUGCUGUAGGUGUUAGAUAUGUCAGGCCAUGGCUGUUGGAUAUGAGAAUAAAGUGUUUGUACAUCCACACUUUGGACUGGAAAAUAAAGAAGACUGAUUUGUAAA